CGAACUUCUAAUCUUUCUCAUAUGAGUCCAACGCCUGAACAAUCGAAACAACUAAUAAAGAUAAUUUCGAAAUGAUAAUUUAUCGCUUUAGUGAAUAAUAAUUAACUUCCUACUUCCACUUGUCUCAUUCAAUAAAAAUGAGUGAUUUAUAAUAAUUCAAUACAAAUUACGUGCCUUUUCCCUGAACAAUGAAUUUUUUUGUAUGAAUAACAAUGGAAAUUUCUCAUAAAGGAAAAACUUAAAAUUCAUCUGCCUAAAUUGCCAUAUCCAAUUUUUUUUAAUGAUGAAUGAAUCAAUUUGAUCCAUUAUGUCAAAACGAGAUAAUUAGAUUAAAUGAAUCAAUUUAAUUGAAUGGAUUCCUGUCAAUUACUCAUGCAAGCCACCUAUAUUUUUAGAAUUUUUGUUUUGAGAAAGAACAAACCACCUAUAUUUUGGUUGCAACCAAAAUGAAAUUAAUUGAAUUUAGUGGUGCCCUAAAAUUCGGCAACCCGGCAAUUAGUAGUCGGUCCCGCCGUCUAUAAUAAUCAAAUUAGGCGCCACCGGUAGCUUACUCUGCAUUCUCCGCCUUUCGGCUCCCAUCCUCCACCGUCUUCCGUUGUCCGAGCGGCGGAGAAAAACGAUGGAGGAAACAGCAAUACCCUUCAAGAACUUGCACAGCAGAGAGUACCAAGGUCACAAGAAGAAGGUUCAUUCGGUGGCUUGGAAUUGUACUGGUACCAAGCUCGCUUCUGGCUCCGUUGAUCAAACUGCUCGAAUUUGGCUCAUUGAACCCCACAGCCAUGGAAAAAUUAAAGACAUCGAGUUGAAAGGCCACACAGAUAGUGUAGAUCAGCUCUGUUGGGAUCCUAAACAUUCUGAGCUUAUUGCAACUGCAUCUGGAGACAAGACUGUUCGUCUAUGGGAUGCACGCAGUGGAAAAUGCUCUCAGCAGGCAGAACUUAGUGGAGAAAAUAUUAAUAUUACCUACAGACCAGAUGGCACCCACGUAGCUGUUGGUAAUAGGGACGACGAACUGACAAUUUUGGAUGUUCGGAAGUUUAAGCCAAUCCACAAACGCAAGUUUAAUUAUGAGGUUAAUGAGAUUGCUUGGGAUAUGACAGGAGGGAUGUUCCUUUUGACAACUGGGAAUGGUACUGUUGAAGUGCUUGCAUACCCAGCUCUUCGGCCAGUGGACACUCUUAUGGCACAUACAGCUGGGUGCUAUUGCAUCGCCAUUGAUCCAAAAGGAAGAUAUUUCGCAGUGGGGAGUGCUGAUUCACUAGUCAGUCUUUGGGAUAUAUCAGAGAUGCUUUGUGUUAGGACAUUUACAAAGCUAGAGUGGCCUGUCAGGACAAUAAGCUUCAAUCACACUGGAGAGUUCAUAGCUUCUGCAAGUGAAGACUUGUUUAUCGACAUAUCCAAUGUUCAAACUGGUCGAACAGUUCACCAGAUCCCUUGUCGAGCUGCCAUGAACAGUGUCGAGUGGAACCCCAAGUACAAUUUACUUGCAUAUGCUGGGGAUGACAAGAACAAAUACCAGGCUGAUGAAGGUGUUUUCCGUAUAUUUGGCUUCGACUCGGCCUAGAGUUUGUUUGUACCGGCUCGUAUGCAUUUUACUUGAAAUUGUAGUAGCAAGUUAAUUAUGACCACCAAUCUCUCAAAUCUCAGUUACUUGGAAGAAUGAAUGUUAUUAGUCUUAUUGAUGGAUGAAUGAAUCAAUGAAUGAAUGAAUGGCACUUUUGCCUACUGAAAGAAAAUAGUUCACACAAGCAGUGUAUGUGAUGUGUACAACAAGUUCCCAAAGUAGUCAAGUCUCUGAGGUUAGGGCGAGUUAGAUCUUUAGCAAUUAGGGGUAGUAGUAGCAGCGCCAUUCCUCCUGUCGUCUCAAGCUCCGAGUUUCGUCAUGGUAAAUUCUC